UCAAUUUAAGUUGAGUUUUGGAUGAACCUAUUUUUUUUUUGAUAUCUCACAUUGUUGUUUUUUCUCAAUAACAAAUUAAUCAAAAAUUUUUUGCCAAAAAUCAAAUUGCAACUCUAUGGAAUCGGUCAAACAAUCGAAUAAUAAAUUAUGGCUUGGAUUUGAUUUAAGCACUCAACAGCUAAAAUCGGUAGCUAUCAAUGAAGAGUUAAUAGUUGUUCAUGAAGCUUGUGUACAUUUUGACAAGGAUCUUCCAGAAUUUCGCACAAAUGGUGGGAUUUAUUCAAAUCCAGACGAUCAUACGGCUUUUGCGCCUGUUUUAAUGUGGAUCAAAGCCAUUGAUUUAAUAUUCGAUCGACUUCGCUUAAAUGGCCUUGUUGAUUUCAAACAAGUAAUCGGAGUUUCUGGUUGUGGUCAACAACAUGGAAGUGUCUAUUGGAAACAUGGUUCUGAAAAAAUAUUGAUGAAUUUGAAUUCAUCUCGAUUUUUACAUGAACAACUAAAUCAUUGUUUCACCAUUCAAGAAUCACCCAUAUGGAUGGAUUCAAGUACAACAGUUGAGUGUGAAGAAUUGGAAAAAGCGUUAGGUGGUGCCCAUCAUCUAGCUCAAUUAACUGGCUCACGGGCAUAUGAAAGGUUUACAGGAAAUCAAAUUUCCAAGAUUAUCAAACAAAGAACCGAUGCUUAUAAUCAGACUGAACGAAUUUCACUUGUUAGUUCAUUUUUGGCAUCAUUAUUCAUUGGUAAAUACGCUCCUAUUGACUUGAGCGAUGGAUCAGGAAUGAAUUUACUUGACAUUCGACGGAAACAAUGGUCUAACGAUUGUGUACGUUCCGUCAGUUUGAAUCAGGAAAAAGAUUUAAUCAAAAAACUUGGAGACGAAAUAGUUCCUUCCAUUCAGAUAAUCGGAACUAUAAGUGAUUAUUUUGUACAACGUUAUGACUUUAUUCCAGAUUGUUACAUAACAGCAUUUACUGGUGAUAAUUCAGCCUCAUUAGCCGGAAUGUGCUUAGGUUCAAAUGACAUAGCUGUAUCAUUGGGUACAAGUGAUACAAUUUUCUUCACACUUUCAACACCGCAGCCAUCUAUCGAAGGACAUAUUCUCUGUAAUCCUAUCGAUCAAAAUCUUUACAUGGGAAUGAUCGUUUUUAAGAAUGGUUCUAGAACUAGGGAAAGAAUUCGAGAUAAUUGCGCUAAUGGCAAUUGGUCUAAAUUCAAUGAAUUAUUAGAUUCCGUUCCGCGUGGUAAUUUUGGCAAUCUAGGAUUCUAUUUUGAUUUUCAGGAAAUAUCUCCUAUGAUAACUGGUGAUUUUCGUUACAGUUGCUUUGGCAAUGAAGUAUUUUCAUUUGCACCAGAAAUUGAAAUCCGUGCCUGUAUUGAAGGACAAUUCUUGAGAUUAAAAAUACAUGCUGAAAAUUUAGGAUUUAAAUUAGACAACAGGACUAGAAUUCUGGCAACAGGUGGUGCAUCGACAAAUCUUUCCAUUAUCAAAGUUUUGGCGGAUGUUUUUAAUGCUCCCGUAUUUACUCAUUCGAUUCCUAAUUCAGGGGCAUUAGGUUCAGCAUUGUUGGCUAGAUAUUCUCAAGAAAAAAAUAACAUGUCAUAUGAUGAUAUGGUAAAAAAAUUACGUACAACUUUCAAUAUGGCUGCAAAACCAUCUUCAGAUGCAUGCAAAAUCUACAGCGCGUUAGCUAUGAAAUAUCGUCAACUCGAAGAUCGAUUGACCAAACUAAAAUGAACAAAAAUUAUGAUCUUUUUUUUAAUGAAAUCGUUUCAUAUUUAUUCAUAAAACAAAUUUGAUCAUAACUUUGAGAUUGCAUAUUGUAAUAAUUUUAU